GACAUGCAGGAAAUCGCCACAGGUCGGACUCGAACCCUAGACAUCUGCGUCGAAGCAGGACCUCAAGGUGCAUGCGCGCCUGCUCUACCACUACUUUUCGCCAAGUGGCGCAUGCGCAACUCACAUCUUCACUCGACUUACAUCGAGGAGUUAACUGUCUAUGGAAGUAACCGUGUAUGGGAGUGACAGGGCUCGCUAACGGACAGACCUGAAAGUGAAAGCAGAAAGCAGCAGCAGGAGGUCAGCACUUCGUUCAGAGAGACAACACGGCGUCGCUACAGCUUCACAAGAGCUCUGCAAUAUGGAGAUUAUCACAGACAUCAGUCUCAUCAUUGAUAAAAUCGCUUACGACGACUCUGGAAGCUUGAUGAGGAUUCUUCAACCAUACCGUUUUGAGAAAAAGGCUUCCUGCUAUGUAGUGAAAGGAACCUAUGAGGAGCUGGAGCAGCUGUCCACCAAACUGUCCCGGAGACAUAGCUUCAGUCCCGUCACCCACGGACCAACCCGUCCGCAGGACAUGCAUGCUUCACCUCAUGUCAAACCUGUGGACGUAUCCGGGGCUGUCAUGUCCUACAUUGAGCUAAAAUGUGCGAAAGAACUUGCGAAGAUUCAAGGGAAGAGCGUUGUCAUUGAAACUCAGCCUGACCCCAGAACAGUACACAGUCAACCCAGUGACACAGUACGGGUGACUUUCACAUCGCCCCAUGGGUCCCUGCACCGUGUCCGUGCCGACUUCGUCAGACAGCAAUUCAUCACAUUUUACCAGCGGACUGCCGCUGACCUGCAGGUCACAUGUGUCCCCGUGGGUCCGCAGGACCACCAAGAACUGGAGAGGAGAUUUCCCGGCCUCGUCUUGAAGCACAACCACAGAAGAUCUGAAGUCACUGCGAUCGGGCCUUUUGUGCACAUUGCUAAAUUAAAAGAGUACCUUUCACAAAACAGGCCGAGCUCUAGCAAGAGUCCAGUGAACGAAGGUCCAGCAGAGGCCCCAAGCAGCAAAACCUCGGGUCCUUCAUCCCCACACUUAAAAGAUCCCGAAGAAGAACCAUGUCCAAUCUGUAUGGAACCGAUAGCAACCGCCGAGAAAAAGACUCUGCCGUGCAAGCACUCGUUCUGCAGAAACUGUGUGGAAACGGCCUUCCAAUACAAGCCUGUGUGUCCGACGUGUGGAGAGAUGUACGGCACGUUGACAGGGACGCAGCCCGAGGGAGGCGAGAUGAGGCCCACCACGAGCUCCGCAUCUCUGCCUGGAUACGAGAAAUAUGGAACAAUAACCAUCCGUUAUUACAUUCCAAGUGGCAUCCAAAAGGAGGAGCACCCCAGCCCCGGGCAGCCAUAUGAAGGUGCGUCCCGUACGGCCUAUCUCCCAGACUCCCCAGAGGGCCGACGGAUCCUGACGCUGCUGAGGCGGGCCUUUGAUCAGAGACUGGUCUUCACCGUGGGUCGCUCCACCACCACCGGCAGGAACAACAUGGUCACAUGGAACGAUAUUCACCACAAAACCUCCACCCAUGGGGGACCGACUUGCUAUGGAUACCCAGACCCUGAUUAUCUCAGCCGAGUUGGAGAUGAACUCAAAGCCAAGGGAAUAGAAUGAGUCCCUUUAAGACUGAGACAAGACCGACUCUUCGAGGGUUUGAGACCGCGUCAAGAUCAAGACCAGGACAAAGACCAAGACCAGAUAUGUGUUAGCCAGAGCUUCCUCUCCUGUCUCCUGCAUCCACUUUCUUGGGAGUGCGUGUAAAGUGGGCGGGACAUUUCCUUUUAGAAUUAGAUAUGAGUCCAGUUAUUGGUUGCAUUUGCAAGUUUUAACACAUAGGCAUAAAUCAGACAAUGGACAGGUUAUUGAGUGGAGUCCCUGCAGGUGUGGUCUUGAAAUAAAAUCCAGAGUGCUCUUUAUCCGAGACCAAGACCAGAGCGAGUAAAAAUGCGCUCGAUUCUGAGACCAGACCUUCAAACGUACUUCAGUUUACUUAACUUCUGUUCAAGGUGAAGCUUUUAACUCUAAUAUCUUGCUGGAUAAAUGAAUGAAUAAUAAUCCAUUGUAUUUUAAUAGGGAUAUUUUGUGAGUAAAACCUGAAUCUGCACUGUAACCGGUAACACUUCUCUGUCAGGUACAUGUAGUACAAUGUUUUCCUCUGAAGUACAAGUACACUGUAGGUCGGUAGCAUAGCUGGGUUAUUAAAUGCCUUCUGUAAGUUAUUUCCAGGUACAAUGCGUUAGGUUCUUAAAAGUUUCUUAAAUAAUGUAUAUUUGAAAAGUAAGGCCUUAAAAGUCUUACACUUUGUUCACAAAGGUCCAACACUUGUAUUGUCCUUUCAUAAAAUAACUUUUUUGUCACGAAGCAUUUAUGUAUUGAGUAUUACAAUAAAAUGUAGUAUUAAGUUCAGGGUACUUGGUAAACCUUUAUUUUUCCAGUCUAAAAUCCUUUCUGAUAUUCCAUUAUAUCCUACAUACCAUUGCCAGUAUGUUAAUUAAGUUGGUAUUCAAUUUAAUUCUAAAUGGUAUUAAAAAGGUCUUUAAAAGUCUUACUUAGUCUGACAUGGAGCGACCGAGAAGCCGAGUGCUGACUCAGCAAUAUCACAGGCACGCUUUUAACGGACAUGGUGCUAGUAAAGAGUGAUUGACUCUUAUUUGCAAUAACUUCUGAAAAGUUUUGUCUGUAAAAUCAUACUAAAAGCAUAGCUAUAGCAGUUCAGUGGCAGGCGCUUCUGAAUGGAGCAGAGACAGCGUCCUCUACAGACCUACUCACCCUGUAAACCAAUCAAACAGAGGGAAGUAUAGUACACUGUGGAAAUACUGUUAAAAGUAAAAGUCCUGCAUUGACAAUGUUAAAUAUGUAAGUAUCAUCAGGAAAAUGUAGUUAAGUAAAGUAUUGAAAGUAAAGCGAUCCAGGAAGUGUAAAGGAUCCAACCAGCUGUGUGUUUAAUGACAUCAUCAUCUCAGCUGGACCUGUAGGCCGGUAAAUUGUUGCUAGGUUACAAAAUAAAGAACAGACUUUAUAAACUACGUUUUGUGAGCAGAAAUCUUAAUGUGUAAAGUAACUAAAGCUGUCAGAUGAACGUAGAGGAGUAAAAAGUAGAAUAUUUCUCUCAAAGAAGUUGUGUUCACAAGCAUCAAAAAAAACUUAAAAUCAGUUAUAUGAUUAGGCACUUCCAAGCUCUUGGUUUAUUUUCUAGGGUGAAAGAAAGUACACAGACUACAGGUCCCUUUAUUUAGAUAACAUAUAAUCUCUCAUAUUCACUCUGCAGUUUGAGGUGUUUUCUGAUGCAUAAACCUCUUCCUGAUCAGCUCUCGUCUCCCAGGAUGCCUGACUGAUCACUCCCAACCCUUUGCUACAUUAGAUACUAGAGGGAGACUGUCCGUCAUAAAGCAAUGUCUUUCACCAGAUUCAUGAGGCGGAGUAGCAAAAGUUGUAUUAAAACAGAGAACAGCUAAACAAGCGUGAAAACAAAAUUCAUAAAAUUGAGGCAGUAUGAAAUUAAGAGCAAGGUAUGGUUGAUGGUGAAAAGGCUUUGAUGGAUUUAGAGUACGACCAGCAUCUGAACCGUGAAUCAUACGGCUACAAGACGUCCUUUGAAUUUGUGCCUAAUACAAUUACACACAACAUCUGGAAUGUGAGCCCAUCUUUUGAUUCUUCAGAUUAGACUUUGGUAAGGUUGUUAGAUAAUCCAGAUUGUUUUCAAAGUUAAAUUGAGUACAAUGGAUUUAUUUUACAAGUUGCUGCAACGUUAAGCAAACGAUCUGUACAUUUAAGCUUCGCUGACACGGUUAGGAAAUGCUCUCGUUUGCCACAAGCCAACACUCACAUGAGAAGAUCAAGAUCGGUUUCAGAUCUUUGCAUCCAAGACAGUGAUAGGUCUGGAAUACGUUCAGCCAAGCUUAAAGUCUGGAGGCAGGGGGAAACUACACCAUCCAACAACUCUGUGAAGUUGUCUGAUUUCCAUAUGAUCUAGUGUGUGCUGGCUGGUCCACUAGUUGACUCAAAAACUGGAUUUGUUGUCUGCAGUAGACCGAGCGCUAACAUCCACAAUAGCUCCAAAGUUCUCUAAAAAUAGGUCUUGUUUUCUGUAUUUUUAAAUACAGACAAUAAAUCAUAUGAAAUCAUGUACACGUACUAGACCUAUCCUUGUACUGGAGAAAAGUUGAAAUUCACAUUUAUCUUCACAUGCGCGUAGUUGUGUAAUCAAGUCUGGGUAGCAUACACAAACCCAAAAGCUGAGCAGAAGAUCAUCAUCUUUAAUGUAUUUCUUCUGCUUUAGGAUAUGGGGAUCAUUUCAUAUGUGAUUAUUAUAUUGGCAUUCACUCGUAAGUGAAAAUGAUUAAUUUUGCUAACAAAGGCAGCUGGCAUUAAUUUGGUCUGCUUUCCUGAGUUUGAUUCUGCCACUAAAUAUUUCAAUUUGAUCUUCAGCAGCCACUAAUGCUGUGCUAGCUGAUACUACCAAAUCUUAUUAAUUACACAUUUUAGAGCCAUUUGUUUUCAAGGAGAUGACGUACCUAGAGGCGCUUGCUCUCAACAGUUACCAUUCAGAUAUUACAUACUGGAAUUCUGAAUGUAACCUGGGUUCUAUUUGACAUGCACACAGUUUGACAGUGCACAGAGAUGAAAUACAAACCAAAAAUGAUGUUUUACUGCAAAUAAAACUACUGUAAAAGAGUAUCACCUAUCUGUACUUCUAUCAGCCCCAUCCAGUCUACGUUAACUUUAGGAUUUAUAUUAUUCCAGCACUAUUUUACCCAAUGCACCAAACAAGUCUGUCUAAUAAUGUUCUUUCAUUUGAAAUGUUUUUACCCAGAAUAUUCAACAGGGUAGAAGUCUAAGUAAACUGAUAUGUCCCACUCCACAUCGCAGGGAACGUAUGUGUCCAUGCACGUGCAGGCUUAUAGUCCUGUUGUACA